AUGGUUUAUGGUCGACAUGAUCAGUCCUUCGAGAUGCUGCCCAAGUACUUAUACAUGUUGAGACAAUCCAAUCCCGGUUCGAUGGUGGAGUGGGAAGUUGACGAUGAUGGCCGAUUCAAACACUUAUUUGUUGCUCUUGCAGCUUCGGCUACCCCUUUCAUGUUCAGCUUAUGGCCAGUGAUUGUCGUCGACGGCACACACUUGAAGGGCAAGAAUAAGGGUAUUUUGUUUGUUGCAGUGACGAAGGACGGCAACGAGAGUUUGUUCCCACUCGCGUAUGGUGUUGGCCCGAAAGAAAACGAUGAAUCGUGGACUUAUUUCAUGUCACACAUUCGACGUGUUUAUGGCCAAGCCGAUCCACUUUUGAUUAUCUCUGAUCAGCAUAUCUCCAUUGCCAAUGCUAUCAGGAAUGAGUUACCAAAUGCAACCCACGGCCUAUGCUACUACCAUUUGCAAAAUAACCUGAAGCAUUACGGUAAGGCAGUGGUCGAGGUGUAUCGACAAGCUGCAUUUGCGUACGAGAAGUCCGACUUCAAUAGGGCUAUGAACGCCCUGAAGUUUAUGAAGAGAGCCACGUACGAUAAACUAAUGGGGAUUGGCCCGGAGAAGUGGGCUCGUUCGACGUGUCCUAUGCCUGUGCGACGCUACAGUUUUAUGACAUCAAAUGCUGCUGAAGCUUUUAAUUCCAGAUUGUUGUGGGCAAGAAGACUUCCUAUCUGCUCGAUGUUAGAGGCAAUCAGAAUUGUUAUUGAGAAAUGGUUCAGUGAGCGACUAAGGGCUGCACAACAAAUCGAGCAAGGAUUGACUGCUAAGGCCGGUAAAAGGGUAGCUAUUGAAGUCCAAAAAAGUCGUCGAUACACUGCACAAAGGUUGAGUGGCAUGAAGUAUAAGGUGCAAACUGCUGACAGAAGCUUCAAGGUGGAUCUGGAGAAGAAAAAAUGUGAAUGUCGAGUAUUCCAGCUAGACCAACUGCCAUGUUCUCAUUCAAUCGCUGCAAUAAGUGAGGCCGGUGAUACGAUCGCGGAGUAUGUAGACUCGUACUACACGAAUGACUUUCUUAUCGAUACUUACUCUCGCGAAGUCAAGCGGGGCGCCCAAAAGAAGGUAGACAUCGAGGUGGUGGUGAAGGCAGCAGCACACAAGCAGAUGAGUCUUCUAGUAUCAGGCGUCGUAAACCAAAGAAGUGCAGCAUCUGCCAUGAAGAAGGCCACAGCAAGAGAACGUGCGCUGGCAGGGCGACUGAGCCCAGGGAGUAGUGGGAUGUAUUUGUGUGCUGUAACAGUUAAUGAUAUUGAUUGA